UCACAAUAAAAAAAUUAAAAAUUAAUUGAAAACCAAAAUGAGAAAGAUUCUCUCCACCGUAGGUCUGCCACAAAAACCCUCCACCCCGCCAUAGUACGUCGGAGCUCGGCCACCGAGCUUCGCCCACUCUUCAGUGAUCGGACAUCGCCUGUCGUGACCCAUCGUCGCGUCCUCUCUCUCUCUCUCUCUCUCUCUCUCUCUCUCUCUCUCUCUCUCUCUCUCUCUCUCUCUCUCUCUCUCUCUCUCUCUCUCUCUCUCUCUCUCUCUGGAUAUGGAUUGAAGCGUCGUCAUGUUCUCCCACCCUUGAAGCGUCGGCGUCCCAUAACCUUCUUCGAUUUCCCUCCAAUCAUCUCUAGCACGCCGCAGGAGACGCUCAUGUGGCUCAGAAACCUCCAAUCGCUGGGUGUCUCAACACCUCUUCCUGCCUGCACCAGCUCGCCACAAGCCCUCUGCCUUCUGUCUCCGCCGCAAACUCCGCGGGAAGCAUCGUUUGUCGGCGGUCUGGCGGAAUGGGAGCGACGACAGAUUGGGGGAACAGCAGCUGCCGGAAUUUGGUUGGUCGGUGGGACGAGGCAAGAAGUUAAGAUUGCGGACUGAAAUUGGGCACAAGGGUACAAACGUCAAUUUAGUACGAUUUAGGGCGAACAAAUUCAAAUUUUAGGGCGACGAAUAGCAAUUCAGAUGUUGUUUGUGUUUAUGCUAAACUAUCAUAUUGGUCAGCAAAUUUUGAGUUAUAAUGAUCUUUCCCCCCUGAAGUUUGUACUAACUAAUGAUUUUCAGUUGACUUCCUUGAGAAAUUAGAUCAGUCUUUUAAUACAAGAUUCCUUGUUUUCUUAAUUAGUGAAGAAAAUGUGCACAUAUAAUGAUGAUUUUUUCCCAAGAAAUCCAACCUAACAAAUUGUGGUUGAUUUUUCAGCUUUCAAAAGGGGAAAAUUAUAAGACCAAGGUGAAAACCAAACUAACCUGGGUUUUGUUCCUUUCCAGUUUAUAAGCCUUUGGAGAGGCUUUACUCAACCAGCUCGAGUUUCGGCCAAGUUCUGCCAAUUACGGCAAAGCACGCAGAUGCAGCCACCAACUCACCAAAAUUUCACAGUAACGUAAUUGUCACGAAAUCAAUUGGUCUCACUCGGUUGAAUUGUUCGGAAAGAUCCAUGUAGUUUUGUGAUUUGCAUAGAUCCGUCAUACCAUGUAUUGUAAUACAAGAACGGUUAAUAUUGACGGUCGUGUCAGGACUUGAACAUAUGACUCUCGGGACAAAUAAGCUAUGAUACCGUGUCAUAAACCAAGUGAUUUGAGUAAAUCGAAUUAUUGGGAGAGAGUCGUAUAUGUAUAUCUAAUCGUUUGAGCCGCGACAAAAGAGAACACUCUAUAUAGAUACAUCAUUAUCGUAUGCAUAUAACUCCAAACGUGGUUUCAGGUUGCUUGUUGGUUUAGGGUUUAAGCUAAAACAACACGUACUUUUGAAUCCAUGCACGGAUUGAUUCAACAACCGACUGAGAUGUUGGUGAAACGACGGUAUGUAUAUAUAUAUAAGCGCUUGAAAACAACUGAUUCCAUGUAGAGAAGGUUUUGCCCACUAGCUAGCUAGCUAGCUACUGUAAAAUGGGAGCUGGUGCAUGUGGAAUUAUAGUACGUGAGUUAUACGGUACUUAACCAGUUCCUCAUACGUCACUUUAAACGAAAAACUAAUUUAUGAUUUUGAAAUUUGUACCGAUUCAUCAAAAUGGUGACCUCAAAGAGACACGAGCUCUAAUAUCAUGUUAUAUAAACCAAUUUAGUCUCAAUAACUCUAGUUGUUGUGAGAUGGUCAUAUACGAUAUUUAACCACUUGCAUUAAGAUUAAUAGUGGUAGAAUAGUGAUUUGCUUGGGGAAACUGAAAAUGGGCUUGUUACAGGUUUCUCCUAAGUGUUAUUUGGUUUGAGGGUUUCUAUGAUUUAUUUUAAUGGAUGUAAUGCGUCUUAGCUUUCAUUCAAAAUCAACUGAGAUUUGGAAAGCAAAUCAUACACAAUGUAGUGAUACAAAGUAGGAUAUGAAUUCGAUAAACUAUGAGAACCAAUCAGCAACAAAUGCUGGCGACUAGUAAGUGAUAUGCACACUUUUUACCCUCUCGGAAGAUAUGGGAAAGACGAACUUCCCAAUGACGAGUGAGCAACUCUUUGAAUCUCUGGAUGAUGGUUUUAUCCGUUGUUUCCGAAGGAGUUGAAGUGCACAAAGAGAAUCAAACUCCACUCAAACACGACUAAAUGAGAUUCUAUAUCAUAACUUCUCACUAUGGGUCGCUAUACGGUCCGGUCCGGUUAAAUUGAACCGAAUUGAUCCGGUCCCAGUCCGGUCUUUUCAUAAAUAUGAGUACAAAAAACGGAACAGUCCGGUUUUGAUCCGGUCCGAUCUUGACUCGGUGCGGUCUCAAUCCGAUCUUGAUUUUAAAUUGAGCUUGUGGGGGUUUAAGUGGGCUGAGGCCUGAAAGGGUGAGAAGUUGGUUAUGUUUUGUGCGUUGGGCUCUCUUAUCUGGUCUUUAUCCGGUUUCCGGUCCGAUCCCGAACGAUUUUUUACCUCAAAUCUAAACCCAAAGACAUGAUUAAAUUGUUUACUAUCCGGUCCCGGUCCGAAUUAUAUAUACAAUCCGAUUUCGGGUAAAACAAAAAAAAUUGAACCAAAUAGCCACCCCUACGCAUUAUUUUAGUUCCUUUCCCCACAUUUUGAGUUGACUUUCUAGACAAAUUAUAUCACUCUGUUAAUAAAGAUUUCCUUUUUUUCUUAAUAUGUGAAGAAAAGCUGCAUAUCAUGAUGGAUUUUUCCAAAGAGAUCCAAAAAUGGUAGUUGAUUUUUCAGCUUUCAAAACGGGGGAAAAUAUAAGCCCACCUGCAGAUUAAUUACUUACCAAGGUGAAAAGCAAACCAACCCGUCGUGAUUGGUUUUGUUCCUUUCCAGUUUACAAGCCUUUGGAGAGUCUUUACUCAACCAGGUCCAGUUUCGGCCAAGUUCUGCCAAUUACGGCAACCAUGCAGCCACAACUCGCCAACAUAUUGUGCGUUACGUCUCGAAUUGUUGGGAGAUAUUUAUUAUACGCUCGACACCCCCUCAUACAAAUGUCAAUUCAUAAGCUUAUUGUUUGUAUAGGCCCGUCAUACAAUGUGGUUUAAGACAAACGGUUAAUAUUAGGAGUUGUGAGAUAACUUAAACACAUGUCCUCAAGGAUAAACCAAAAAUUGUGAAAUCGUACCGGAUGUUAUACUGAAAAUGUUAGUGGUGGACUAUAUAAUACUAAAGUUGUAGUUUAACAUUCAAACGUUUCAUACCGCCAAACCGCCUACAGGUUUGGAGUCCAGCACCCAGUAUUUCCCGUCGACCUGAAGAUAGGAUACAUUUUUUUCUAAAACACUGGGACAAACCAACUUACGGUCGAGAUCAAUAUGCCUGCCAUCUACUAAGAAAUUCUUUCUUUCCGUACCGAAGCCUAGUCAAAAUAAGACCAAUGAGUAGCUACAGUCUAUUGUAAAAGCUACCCGCGACUUAUUGUUGUUAUGUCUCGCUUAUUAGCCUAUUGAUGAUUGGUAGUCGGACUCCCUCUCGAAAGAUGCUGAUAUCGUCUCAUGAACCAACAGAUCACAAUAACUCGAUUUGCUACGAGAAGUUCGAAUUUGAAUAUUAACCACUUCUUUAUACGGUGUGGCCUUGCUCCUAACAAAAGCCGCGACAAAAGAGAAGACUUAGGAGAGCCGAUUGUCCACUCUGUAUAGAAACAUAUCCUUGUCGAAUCCAUAAUAACUCCAAACGUGAUUCCAGGUUUGCUUGUUGGUUUAGGGUUUAAGCUAAAACUACACGUACUUCCGAAUCCACGGAUUGAUUUAACAACCAACUGAGAUGUUGGUGAAACAUUAUGUAUAUAUAUUACAUAAGAGAUUGAAAGAAACAAACAACUGAUUUCAUGUAGGGAAGUAAUUUUGCCCACUAGCUAGCUAGCUGGAUAGCUACUGCUCCAUAUAUAUACGUACGCUAACGUUAGUAGCAAUAGGAUAGUGAUUUAUAACUUGGGAAACUGUAAAAUGGGUUAUGGCCAAUAAAACAGUAUCGGAAAAGUAUGCGAUAGGUUAUUUUAUGGUAAAAUCGUGGUUUAUUUGUAGUUCAAUUAUUAAAACAGUCAAGUACCGCCUACUGGUUUAGCCUCCAUUAUAGGUAUUUUGUGGUUAAACCGUCAGUACGGUAUAGUUUCAUGUACCAUGGUUUGUUGCACGAUUUCUGCUAAGUGUUAAUUGGUUUGAGGGUUAUUGUGAGAACCCCGCUUCUAGGGAUUCUCGAUACUGAUCUUCGGCACUCGUGAUAAUUAGGGAUUUGGGGGUUGAGAGAAAGAAUUAGGGAUUUAGAUGAGAAAUAAUAGAAUUGGGAAUCGGCCGAGGUCUUGGACUAGGAUGAGACGAGAAAUUAGAAGUUGAGAGAGAUUAGGGUUUAGGAGAGAUAAUUGCUUAAUAUUCUUCUUGAUUUAUUAUGAUGUAAACCCAAGAUACAUAUUUAUAGGAAAUAAACCCAAAACCCUAAUGAACUAGUCCUAACCUAAUCGGCCUAGGUUAGCCGCCAAAACCUAAGAUUAUUAAUAAUAAUAAUUAUUAUUAUUAUUAUUAUGAGUGGGAAUUGAGUGUUUUGUCUGAAGGAUCAAAUUUGUGGGAAAAGGUGACUGAUCCAGUUUCUGUGAGGAUAAGUUCAUAAUAUUUGUGGGUUUUGUUGAGGGAUCUUGGUUUGAAGAACCCUCAUUGAGGAAAUGUUUGGCAGUAACAUUUGGAUAUUGAUGGUAGAAACCAUCUUCAACAACGAAAAUGGGUUGAAAAGUGUUUUUCUUAAAAUACGUUUGAAAUCGAUUUUGAGGGGCUUGGACAACCACCACCUCUUGGGUUUUUGGAAAAACGGUUUUGAGAGGGGCUAUCGAAGAUGCCACCUCUGUUGCGGUAGGUGCAACAUCAAGAUGAUGUUGCUGAUAGAUUUGUUUGGUUUCUUCGGAAGAGAUGGGUGUGGGUAGGAUGCCACUUGGCGUUUGAGUAUUUGAAAGAAUUAGUUUAGAAGGGGAAAUUGUUGAGGAAGUUGAAGCUUCAGUGGGAAGCUUUUGUUUAGAACCAGAAACGGCAAUAAAUUUUUGAAGGUAAUUUUGGGCUUCAAGAGGAAGCUUAUCAAUAUUGAUUAAAGCUUUGGAUGAACUUGAGUGUGAACCAGAAUCAUCAGAACUUCCUUCAUACUCACUUGAAUGAUCAGGGCUUCCUUGUUCAUCAUCAAAUAUCUCUCUCCAUGUUUUGAUUUUGAUUUUCUCUUUAUCUCGCAAUCUAGUGGUAGGGGGCAUUAUGACUGGAGAUUGCAAGCCUGAGAGUUUUCCGCACUUCGUCCUCCCUGCAAAAAUUCCCGAGUAAGGAAGUCUGGAAGAGAGUUUGAAGAACCAUUUAUAAAUUGUAUGUCAAAAUAAAAAAUGCUAAGGAUGGCUUGCCAUCGUGCAAAUAUUUGUUUAGAAGCAAGGUUUUGAACAUAUUUUUCCAAAAUGUAUUUUGCUGAUUGGCAAUCAAUGCGUAGUAAAAAAUUUUGAUUGAGCAAAUCAUGCUGAAAUUUUGAGAUGCAUAAAACAAUAGCAAGCAGUUCUUUUUUGACAGUGGAAUAAUUGAUUUGGGUAGGGUUCCAAUGCUUAGAAGUAAAGUGUACCAACAACUCCUUAUCAUUUUGAAUCUGCUUAAGGAUUCCUCCAUAUCCUAGGUCAGAGGCAUCGGUUUCGACAAUUUUAGGGAGAGAAGGAUCACUUAUGUGAAGGCACGGGAGACUCUGAACCUGCCUCUUAAUUUGCUGAACUAUUUUGGUAUGCUGGUCACUCCAGGGAGGGGGACUCUUUUUCAAUCUAUCAUGGAGAGGUUUACAAAGAAGAUUGAUGUUGGGAUAAAAGUCAAGGACAUAGUUUAAACUACCCAGGAACCGUUGUAAUUGAUUUUUGUCUAAAAUUUGAUCAGGAAAUUUAUCAGCAAAUUGAAGAGAUCUUUCGAUUGGAACAAUUGUUCCUUGACUAAUGUAGUGACCCAAAAAACGUAUCUUAGUUUGAAAAAGACAAAGUUUUGGUUUAGAAACAGCCAGACCGUUACGUCGAGUAACUUCAAGAAAUAAAUUGAGAUGUUUGAAAUGUUGGUCAAUGGACGAAGAAAAAACCAGCACAUCAUCAAUAUAAACUAUUAUGAAAUCAAAAUAAGGAGAGUAGAUUUGAUUCAUAAUUCUUUGAAAUUCUGAGGGAGCAUUUUUUAAACCAAACGGCAUGACGUUCCAUUCAUAUUGGCCAAAGGGAACGGUAAAAGCAGUUUUAUAGCGGUCUGUUUCUUUGAUUUGGAUUUGCCAAAAUCCGGAUUUCAUGUCAAAUUUAGAAAAUAUUAGGGACUGUGAAAGUUUCUGGAGUAGAUCCUUUUGGUUGGGGAUAGGAUACCUAAUCCACUUCAGAGCCUUAUUCAACGGUUUGUAGUUUAUAACAAGACGAGGAACGCCACGUUCCUUUUCUGCAUUAUUAAUGACAUAGAAAGCAGAACAACUCCAAGGGGAUUUGCUAGAUCUGAUAAGGCCCUUUUUGAGCAAUUCUUUAAUUUCUUGUCGACAAUGUUUUUCAAGGUCUGAAUUCAUUUGGAUAGGCCUAGCCUUGGUGGGAAUGAGAUUUUCUGUGAAAUCUUUUUCGUAAGGAAGAUCUACCUGAUGUUGUUUUUUAUGCCAAAAAGCAUUGGGUGUAUCAGCACAAAUAGAGCUUUCAAUGUGUUCUUUUAAAGAGUUUAUUCGUUUUUGCAAAAGAGGUUGAGAAAGUUGUUGUAAGAUUCGCUGAAAAUGUAUCUCAUCAUGCAAAUAAGAUAUUUGAUUAGUUUUACAACGAAUUAUAUGGUGUAUAUAUUUUAUUGAAGAACGUCGUAAAACAUUUAGGUUUCGAACUUUUGGUUUUUGGAGAAAUGAGAAUUCAACAUUGUUUCUUAACACAACGGUGUUAAUUCCUUGGUCGGUGACGGUAAAAGGUUUUAGAAGAUUUAGAAAAGGUGUCCCUAAGAUCACCUUUUGUUGCAUAUCACGUACUAGGACAAAAGGAGUUUUGAAUUCAACAUUUUGAUGACAAAUUAAAGCAUUAGAAAGUUUAUAUUGUAUUUGAAGAGGUUGAGAGUUAGCGGUAGAUAGACGCUCGAGGGUCUUUUCAUAGUACUUAGUUGGAAUUAAUCCUUCUUGGAUGCAGUUCAUGUCUGCUCCUGUAUCAAGAAGGGCCACUGUGCUUAAAGUAAAAUCAGAAGAAACCUGAAUAUUAAUGAUAACAUACCAUUUUUGGGUAGUAAUGAUAGAUAAAAAACAUAGAAAAUCGUCAUCAGUUAGCAUUUCCUCUGUUUCUAAACUAUUGGUUGCGUGAGGAGUUUCAUCGAAAAAGUUUUCGGGGCUAGAUGUUGAUGGCUCUUCUAAAGGUUUGAGAGCUAUUAAAGUUUGUAAUAUUUC